UCAAUGUCAUCGCUGUCAUUCAUGAAAUUAGAUCGUAUCUACUAUUUUCUGAGGUUAGGAUUCGGCUUUAAAAAUGAUAUAUAUGUGAUAAUUUUGUUAAUUUUCGCAAAUUAAUACCCAAGAUUAUUAUAUUUCUGCAUAAAAAAUUGAAUUGCCUAUAUUACACAACAUUCUGAGCGUUGUGGACAUUAUAAAAAGAAAAAUGUAUUCAAGACUUCAUAAUCAAGGAUGGAUGAGGCUUCGACACUUACCUUAUACGAGACAAUACAGUGGAAGCAUUCUAAAGAAGAAGGAAUCCCACGCAAAAAAUAUACAGCCCGGAAAAUCUGUACAUGGUUUCCUUUGCUCAGAGAUUGAACAUAUAAACGAGUAUAAUAUCACUGCAUACUUUUUAAUACAUGAAAAAACUAAAACAGAAUAUUUGCAUUUAGAGAGAGAAGACACUAACAAUGUUUUUUCAGUGGGAUUCCGUACAACGCCAUUAGAUUCUAUGGGGACUCCUCAUAUUUUAGAACAUACAGUAUUAUGUGGUUCAGAAAAGUAUCCAGUAAGAGAUCCAUUCUUUAAAAUGCUGAAUAGGUCACUUGCAACUUUUAUGAAUGCACUCACUGGCCCAGACUACACUUUUUAUCCAUUCUCUUCGCAAAAUGAGGUUGAUUAUAGGAAUUUACAAAAAGUCUAUUUAGAUGCAGUUUUCAAACCAAAUCUGUCUAGGUUAGAUUUUUUACAAGAAGGUUGGAGAUUAGAACAUACAAAGUUAGAGGAUAAAAAAUCAGAGUUACAAUUUAAAGGUGUUGUUUACAAUGAAAUGAAAGGAGCAUUUUCUGAAACUAGCUCACUUUUCGGUCAAAAGUUCAUGAACACUAUACUACCUAAAGGUACAUAUGGUUAUGUAUCAGGUGGAGACCCAUUGUGCAUUCCGGAGUUGACACAUGAGCAUUUAAAAAAAUUCCAUGCUACACACUACCAUCCCAGUAAUGCUAGAAUAUAUUCCUAUGGUAAUUUUCCACUUGAAGCAAACUUGAAGUUUGUAAAUGAAUCAUAUUUAAGCAAAUAUGACUAUUUGGAUCCUAAAAAUACAAUAGUGCCACCACAAGAAAGGUGGAAAUCACCAAAGCGUGCAGUUAUCCCGUGUAGACUAGACCAAUAUGGUGGACCAAUAGAAAAACAGAAUCAAAUCGCCAUUGGAUAUAUAAUGUCUGACAUUACAAACAUAUAUGAAACUUUCAUGUUAACAGCAUUAGCUGAAUUAAUGAUUAUUGGACCAAAUUCAGCUUUCUACAAGAGUCUGAUUGAGAAGAACAUAUCAGGAGGUUACAAUUCAUUAACUGGUUAUGAUAAUCAAAUUAGAGACACAUUAUUUGUAAUUGGAUUGAGAGAUGUUGAAAAAUCUAAAUUUGAAACAGUAGAAAAGAUUGCAAAUCAAACUCUUGAAGAUAUAUUUGUUAGAGGUUUUGAUAAGGAUCACAUUGAAAGUGUUCUGCAUGGUUUUGAGCUGUCAAUCAAGCAUCAAUCGCCUAAAUUCGGGUUAAAUGUCCUAUUCAAUCUAAUGCCACUUUGGAAUCAUAAUGGACCGAUUUUGAAUGCGUUAAAAGUGAAUGAUUUACUUAAUAAAUUAAAAACAGAUCUUAUGAAUCCUGUCUAUGUAAAAGAUGUAAUUGAAAGAUACUUCCUAUCAAACAAUCAUAAACUGAUAAUGACUAUGCAGCCUGAUCCUAAAUUUGAUGAUAUUUUCAAUGAAGCAGAAGCUAAACUAUUGCAGUCUAAAGUGAAGGCAUUGACAAAUGAAGACAAAGAAAGGAUAUAUCAUGAUGGAUUGGCACUUUCAGAAGCACAAAAGAAAGUUGAGAAUCUAGAUGCUCUCCCAUGUUUGAAAAUUGAUGAAAUCACUCUGAACAAAACUGCUCCACCAUUAAAGCAUACUGUGUCAGAAACUAUACCUCUUCAGCUUUGUGAAGCCAAUACGAAUGGAGUGACGUAUUUCAAAGGUGUUCUUGGAACAGAAUGUCUAAAUGAGAAACAAAGGCAGCUUUUGCCAUUUUUCAACUAUAUUUUAGACAAAUUUGACACAAAAUCAUAUAAUUACAGAGAUUUUGACAAACAUGUUAGCAAGACUACUUCUGGGUUGGGUUUCACCACACAUAUAACUGAACAUAUUGGUCAACAAGAGCAGUAUGAGCAAGGUGUUUUGAUCAGCAGUCAUUGCCUUGACGAAAAUCUGCCAAAAAUGCUGGAUAUUUGGUCUGAGAUUUUCAACAAACCUAAUUUUGAGAACAGCGAAAGAAUGACAAUGUUACUCACUAAUUAUUGCUCAUCGUUGACUAGCGGCGUCAUAGACAGUGGUCAUACAUACGCCAUGCAAGCAGCUAGGUCACUGAUCUCCUCAGUAGACCAAUGCAAAGAAGGUUUAUUGGGAUUGCAUCACGUUAUGACCAUGCAGGAGGUGCAGAAGAACUACAAAAUCGAUCAGAUACAGUCCAUAGUCAAUGAAAUAGCGAAUCAAGUUCUAAAAGGCAAUAAUUUGAGAGCUGCAUUCCAUUACUGUAAUACUAAUAAAGAUAUUCACAAAAUACUCGACAAAUUUUGCAUAGAUUUAUGCAAUGGCGAUGAGAGUAAAGAUUUAAAUCGUAUUAAUUGGACCGACAGUAAAAACAUGCCCAAAGAAAAUCGGGGCAUUCAUAUUUCAAUGAACAUACCGGUUAAUUUCUGCGCUAAAGUAAUUCCAACUGUAGCAUACACAGAUCCAGAUUUUGCGAAGUUGCGUGUUUUGUCUAGAUUUUUAAGUUCAAAAUAUUUGCACCCAAUUGUUAGGGAGCAAAACGGGGCAUACGGCGGAGGAGCUACACUUACAAUGGAUGGAGUUUUUAACUUUUAUUCUUACAGAGAUCCAAAUUCCAAAGUAACUUUGGACGUUUUCGACAAAACAGCGGAUUGGAUGGCAAAGAACACAAGUUUAGUUGAUGAUCAAAACUUAUUUGAAGCGAAAUUGUCUAUUUUGCAACAGAUGGAUCAACCAGUCGCAGAAUACAUGAAAGGAGUUGAUCUCUUCCUCUAUGGAUUAUCAUAUGAUAUUUGGCAGACACAAAGAGAACGAGUUUUGGCAGUGCAAAAGGAAGAUUUGGUGGAUGUUUGCAAGAAAUAUUUGUCUGUAGAUAAAUGGUAUGGAAAAUGUGUGAUUGGCGAAGGCGCCGCUGAUUUGGGACAAAGCAAUGAAGUUUGGGAAAAGUUAAGUGGGCCGCAACAGUAGGAUUUGGUAUUCUCUAAUCUGCAUACUACAUUAGACGCUUAGAGUUUUAGACUAGUCAUGAUCAGCUUCUGUUUUCCAACUUACUGUGCUCAGUAAAUCUUUAUGGUCAAAAACUUUUAAAAAUUUAGAAGCUGCAAGAAAACUUGCUCAGUUACAAGAUAUAUUAGAAGUUACUGCAACUAAAGGCGAAGUUUACUGUACGUUUCGAUGUAUAUAGUAUUAUUCAUAUAUUUUACGAUAACUUACUUCAGUAAUGUGCGAGUAUAUAAGUUUAUUCAGUGACGGAUUUAGUUUAAAACAUCUUUGUAAAGGUGAACGCAUUGUGUCGAAGGAACCGAACGCGUCGCGUUAUGCCCUUUAUAUCCACUUAUUCUGCCGUAUUUGGGAGAUUGAAUUGUAUACAUUUUUUAUUUAUUUAUUGGCCAUUUGCUCAAAGGGUUUUUGGUAAAUUAUAAAGCCUUGUCUGAUUGUUCGGUUUCGUUUCAUAGCUAAAAGCGUAAUCAUUCCUCAUAAAGAGUAAUGGAUAAAAUGCAAAGACCUGUGUAAAACUUGUGUCUGUGAAUAUAACCCUGGAUUUAUCUCUUUAAAGAAUUCUCCAGAUUCAUAAAAUUGCAAUGAUUAAGAACAUGAAUUUUUGAUUACUGCUAUAUGUAGACUAAUAAUAUUGUAAUUGGUUUGUCGCGUUAUCUUGUAAAGUUAAUAUCCCGUACUUUAGUUUCGGAGUACCGAAAUAAAUAUAGUUUAGUUAUUAGUAAAUAACUAAACUAUAUUUAUUUAGGAGUAUAAAAGAGACUGUUAUUAAUAAACGUUAUAUUAUUCUAAUAA